AUGGAUAAUUCCCAAAUAUUUGAUGUUGAGAAAAAGGUAGUUCAAUUAGCGGCUGCUGUAAUCCCGCGUUAUAUCCGCGUAAAUACACUUAAAACAUCUAUUGAAAAGGUUAUAGAGCAUUUUCAAGCAAAAGGAUUUACUCAUGAGGAACCUAUUGAUGAUUUGACUAACAUAUGCCCUAAAACAAUUCGAAAAGAUAGACAUUUGCCAGAUCUUUUGAUAUUACCAUCAAACACAGACCUUCAUAAAGAUGCUUUAUAUUUAUCUGGUGAUAUUAUUCUUCAGGAUAAAGCUUCAUGUAUUCCUGCAUUUGUUUGUUCACCAUCUUUCAAUUCGCAUGUGAUUGAUGCGUGCGCAGCUCCUGGAAAUAAAACUUCGCAUCUAUCAGCCAUAAUGCAAAAUACAGGAAAAAUAUGGGCUUUUGAUCUUGAUAAAUCCCGAUUAAAUUUGCUUAAGACAUUAAUACAAAAGGCUGGGUAUGUUGAAGCUAUUCAUGGAUCUUUUUUGGAUGUUGAUCCCUUGGAUUCAAAAUACUCUAGUGUAGGUUAUAUCUUACUUGAUCCAUCAUGUUCCGGGUCAGGAAUCGUAAAUAGAUUAGAUUAUUUGAUUGAUGCAUCUGAUGAUGCUCAAGAACACUCGGAUCUUUCUCACAAAUUUAAGGAACGUCUUGAAAAUUUAAGCGAAUUUCAAGAAAAGAUAAUUUUACAUGCGUUUAAAUUUCCUUUAGUUCAAAAAAUAAUAUACUCUACAUGCUCAGUUUAUGCAGAAGAGAAUGAACAUGUCAUCAAACGCGUCUUGGAUCAAACAGACCUUUUUGUUUUGGCAAACAAGAAUGAUAUAAUGCCAUCAUGGCCAAGACGUGGUAUUUCAAGUGAAAUAAAUAAUGAUGAAGGAACUGCAGAAAAGUUAAUUCGCACAAGUCCAAAUGAGGAUUAUACAAAUGGUUUUUUCGUUGCAUGCUUUGUUCGUAAAGUCACAAAACUGAUCAAUACUGAGACUGACGGUGGCUUAGGAUCUAGGAAGCGAAAACGCAACAAGGAUAUCACAAUAGUCAAAAUUAAAGAUGAUGAUGAAUGGAGGGUUAGUGUUUUGGAUGAUAAUUCAUUGGUGUCAAAAAAAUCCAUAAAAAAUGAUGGAAGGAAAAAGAACAAUGCUUCUUAA